GUCUUUCUUCGGGAGUCUCUGGAGCAUCGUCUGGAGAAGCAGAGGGAGGUGGAGGUGCUGAAAGCAGCCAUGAUCAUCCAGGCUCAUGUCAUGGGCUACAUGGCCAGGAAGCAGUACAGGAAGCUGCUGCAGUGCAUCGUGGUCAUUCAGAAGAACUACCGGGCUUUCUACUGGAGGAGGAAGUUUCUGCUCCUCCGCCGGGCUACGCUCACCUUCCAGAAAUGUCUGAGAGGUCAGCUGGCCCGCCGGGCCUACAGCCAGCUGCUGCAGGAGAGGAGGAGGAGGGAGGAGGAGGAAGAGGAGCGCCGCAGGAGGGCAGAGGAGGAGAUGGAGAGGGAGAGACUGAGGCUGGAGGCUGAGAGACUUGCCAGAGAGGCUGAGGAGACCAGAAGGCUGGAGGAGCUGCAUCGUGCUGAGGAGUUGGCCUCUCUGGUUUCAGCUCAGUCUCCGUCCAUGGCAGCGGCAACAUCAGCAGACGCUCUCGAGGAGCUGGAGUCAGCCGAGACCUUUGAGGAGACAAUUCGUCCCCAUGAAGCAUCUCAGGUGGAGGAGAUCCUACGACUGGAGCGGGAGAUCCAGGCGCUGCAGAGGCAGAAGGAGCGUCAGGAGCUCUCCCUGACGGAGGCCUCCCUGAACCGCCUGCAGCUGCUCCGCGACCAGGAGCUCAGGCGGCUGGAGGACGAAGCCUGCAAGGCGGCGCAGCAGUUCUUAGACUCGCUGAACUUUGAUGAGAUCGACGAGUGUGUGAGGAACAUCGAGAGCUCCUUGGGAGUCGGGGAGGUGGACGAAAACGAGAAGGACAGUGGACGGAGGAGAGGCAGUGACGAAGAGGAGGUCGACGAAGGAUUUGAGGCCGACGACGAGGCCUUUAAAGACUCUCCAAACCCCAGUGAGCACGGCCACUCAGACGGCCAGCGAACCAGUGGGAUCCGAACAAGUGAUGACUCCUCUGAAGAAGACCCGUAUGCCAAUGAUGGCGUCAUCCCACCACUGCCGCCAACCACUCUUCUUCACCAGCCGCUGCCUUUACCGCCUGUGCCGCCCGCCUGCCACAGUGCCUCGUCCAGCGGGGACUCGGCCUUCUGCCAUCCCCAGGCUUCAUCCGAGGCUCAGUCCGAUGACCUGGUGGAGCUCAUACCACCAGAUGAGGAUUCAGACUACGACCAGGAUGACUACGAUGAGGGAGCCAUCGUGUCAAGUGGCAGUGUGGCGUUCUCCAACCCUCGCAGCGGGCAGUGGUCUCCUGACUACCGCGGCUCUGUUGGCACCUACAACAGCUCUGGGGCUUACCGCUUCAGCUCGGAGGGAGCUCAGUCAUCAUUUGAGGACAGCGAGGACGACUUCGACAGGUUCGACACCGAUGACGAGCUGUCGUACCGGCGGGACUCCGUCUACAGCUGCGUCACGCUCCCAUACUUCCACAGCUUCCUCUUCAUCAAAGGCGGUCUGAUGAACACGUGGAAGCGGCGCUGGUGCGUUCUGAAGGACGAGACCUUCCUGUGGUUUCGGGCCAAGCAGGAGGCUCUGAAACAGGGCUGGCUGCACAAGAAGGGAGGAGGCUCAUCGACACUGUCCCGUCGCAACUGGAAGCGCCGCUGGUUCGUGCUGCGGCAGAGCAAGCUCAUGUACUUUGAGAACGACAGCGAGGACAAGAUGAAGGGCGUGAUGGACAUGCACAAUGCCAAAGAAAUCAUUGAUAACACCGGUAAGGAGAACGGAAUCGACAUCGUGAUGCCGGACAGGACCUACCACCUGAUCGCAGAGUCUGCUGAGGACGCCAGCCAGUGGUUCAGCGUGCUGAGUCAGGUCCACGGCUCCACAGAGCAGGAGAUCAGAGAGAUGCACGACGAGCAGGCCAACCCCCAGAAUGCUGUGGGGACGUUGGAUGUGGGGAUGAUCGAUUCAGUUUGUGCGUCAGAUAAUCCAGAGAGGUCAAACUCCUUUGUCAUGAUCACAGCCAACCGCGUGCUACACUGCAACGCCGACACGCCCGAGGAGAUGCACCACUGGAUCACGCUGCUGCAGCGCUCCAAAGGAGACACCCGAGUGGACGGGCAGGAGUUCAUCAUCCGAGGCUGGUUGCACAAAGAGAUGAAGAACAGCACCAAAGUGUCCCUGAAACUGAAGAAGCGCUGGUUCCUGCUCACCCACAAUUCCCUGGACUACUAUAAGAGCUCUGAGCGCAACGCCCUGAAGCUGGGAACGCUGGUGCUGAACAGCCUCUGCUCCGUGGUUCAGCCGGACGAGAAGGUGUUCAAAGAGACCGGAUACUUGAGCGUGAUCGUGUACGGCCGCAAACACUCGUACCGUCUCUACUGCAAGCUGCUGAGCGAGGCCACGCGCUGGGCCAACGCCAUCCAGAACGUCAUUGACACCAAAGCUCCCAUCGACACGCCGACACAGCAGCUCAUCCAGGACAUCAAGGAGAACUGUCUGAACUCAGAGGUGGUGGAGCAGAUCUACAAGAGGAACCCCAUCCUUCGCUACAGCCACCACCCGCUGCACUCGCCUCUGCUGCCGCUGCCCUAUGGAGACAUCCACGUCACCGCUCAACGACACAGAAACUACACAACGCUCCAGGACGAAGCCCUCAAGGUGUUCAGCUCUCUGCAGCACUUGGAGGGGGUGGCCGACCCCGUGCCCAUCAUCCAGGGCAUUCUGCAGACGGGCCAGGAGCUCAAACAGCUGCGGGACGAGCUGUACUGUCAGCUGGUGAAGCAGACGACACGAGCGCCGCAGCCGGGAAGCCCCGGUAACCUCUGCAGCUGGAAGAUCCUGGCCUGCAUGUCCUGCACCUUCGUCCCAACCAGGAGCAUCCUCAGAUACCUCAAGUUCCACCUGAAGAGGACUCGAGAGCUCCUCCCCGGCUCGGAGAUGGAUCGUUACGCCGCCUUCGCCCUAGAGUCCUUGAGAAGGACUCGAGCCAGGGAGAACGUCCCGUCGCAGGAGGAGAUCCGCUCCAUUGUGGCACGACAGGACAUGAGCACCACCGUUCACUGCCACGGUGGAGGCUCCUGCAAGAUCACCAUCAACUCACACACGACGGCCGGAGAGGUGGGUGACACUGGGACCCGUGCGGAGUAA